AUGGCUGUCAUUGGCAAAGUGAUCACGCGGCAAUUCCGCUUGUCGUUACGCUGUCCGUCAAUAAACACAACACAAGGAACUUAUUCAAUUUUUUGCCCGAAACCAAGCUCCAGCAUACACACAUUGAAUAAAGUACUGAAAAGGAUUCAACCUUUAUUUCCAAAAGAGUUCUGCACAUUUAACAGACACACAAAAGUCAUGGGUGCCUUAAGUCCUUUGGAUCCUUCAUCUUUUGCGAGACCAGAGUUUGCUGUUAUAAAGCAUGUUGAUCUUUUAUAUAAUGUGGACUUUGAAAAGAAAAUUUUAAAUGGAACAUCUGUAUUGACCAUAGAAGUAUUGGACUACAUUGAGGAAAUGAUAUUGGAUACAAGUGAUUUAAAUAUAGAAAAAAUUGAAAUGAAUGAUGGCACAUCACUUACGUAUAAAUUAGAUGAACCUAUUCCUAACUUUGGAUCGAAACUAACUAUCAAUCUACCACAGUCAGCUGCACCUGAACAAAAGUUGCAAAUUAAAAUUAAGUAUAGCACAGUACCAUCGGCUACAGCACUGCAGUGGUUGGAUCCCAACCAAACUUCAGGGAAAAAAUAUCCCUAUAUGUUCAGUCAAUGUCAGCCUGUGCACGCUCGUUCCAUCCUACCAUGCCAAGACACACCUGCGGUUAAAUUCACAUAUGAAGCCGAAGUCAGUGCUCCUGAAGAAUUUACUGUACUUAUGAGUGCUAUUCGUGGGGAGAGUAAGGGAAAUAAAACUACUUUCAGCCAGCCCGUACCAAUACCAUCCUAUCUUUUGGCCUUAGCAGUUGGUGUACUUGAGUCUAGAAGGCUAGGACCUAGAUCUCAUGUAUGGUCUGAAAAAGCAGAAAUUGAGCAAAGUGCCUGGGAGUUUGCAGAAACUGAAAAGUAUUUACAAGCGGCAGAGAGACUGUGUGGGCCAUAUCAGUGGACGCAAUAUGAUUUACUUGUGUUACCUCCCUCCUUCCCCUAUGGUGGAAUGGAAAAUCCAUGUCUGACAUUUGUUACCCCAACUUUAUUGGCCGGUGAUAGGAGUCAAGCAAAUGUUAUAGUUCAUGAAAUAAUGCACAGCUGGACUGGCAAUCUUGUGACAAAUAGAAACUUUGAACAUUUCUGGCUCAAUGAGGGUUUUACUGUAUUUCUUGAAAGGAAGGUGGCAGCAUCUCUUAUUGAAGAUCAGACUGAAGCUAAAAAAAGUAGAGAUUUUGAAAGCAUACUUGGUCUACAGGAACUAAAUGAAACUGUUAUUAGUACCCUCGGUGAAGACAAUCCAUUGACACGUCUAGUUCCAGACUUGAACAACACACAUCCAGAUGAUUCAUUCUCUCGAGUUCCAUAUGAGAAAGGUUCCCUGUUCCUACGCUACCUCGAAGACCUAAUAGGAGGUCCAGGUAUUAACUUUUACCAUAUUCAUAAUUGUAUACACGAUGAACUCGGUGACAAUAAUGCGUUAACAAAAUUAGUUGUGAAUCUCAAUGGAGUACAUCCAGAUGAUGCUUUUUCAACUGUUCCUUAUGAAAAGGGAUCGCUAUUUUUAAGAUAUCUCGAAGAUUUGCUUGGAGGGCACGAGGUUUUUGACGAUUUCCUCCGUUCAUAUCUCAACCAUUUCCAAAGACAGUCAAUAGAUACAGACCAAUUUAAAGACUACCUUCUAAACUAUUUUAAGGAUAAUGAAAAUCUAUCUAAAGUAGACUGGGAUACUUGGCUCUUUAAGAAUGGCAUGCCACCGAUAAUACCUGACUAUGACACAUCAAUGACGAAAUCUGUUAAUUCUCUUUUAGCAAAAAUAAAUGAACCUACUGCCUCUUUUUCUCCAGACGACGUUAAGACUUUCUCUUCCCACCAAAUAAUAAACCUUUUACAGUCAAUUAUAGACCAAGAUCCAUUGCCACCCGGUAAACUAAAUGAUCUUGGUGUUGCUUAUAAUAUAAAUAAUAGUCGAAACACAGAAAUCACAUACAGAUGGUUGAGACUUUGUAUAAGAAGUAAGGACAAAACUAAAUUAAACGACGUCUUCACAUUUUUAAACAAUCAAGGGCGUAUGAAAUAUGUACGUCCAAUUUACAGGGACCUUUAUGCUUGGGAAGAGGUCAGGGACCAAGCUAUUGAAAAUUUCCUUAAAAACGAACCUUAUAUGAUGCAUGUGACUGCUUACACGCUAAGAAAGGAUUUACAUCUCAGUGAAUAAUUUUAAUAUUAAACUAUUGUUGUAUUUUAUGUCAUAUAAGAUAUUUAUUUUAAAAUAAUAUUUGUAUGUCGAAAUGCAUAUAUGAAUUAUGAGACUUUGAUUUAUAUUAUGUUAAUGUAAAUAAAUUUAUGUAUUCAACGUUCAAUAAAUUUUGUUUAUUACUAUUA